GCGAACAAGUCCAACUAAACCGAGUAUCCGUAAUUCGGUGGAGAUUGAGUUGACGACGCUCUUCUUCCCCUUUUACGAGCCUGACAACGUCCGGCUUGUACGGAAUACGGGUUCCGAUCCUUCUUUUUUUGUGAAACCAGACAUCGCGGCCGGCCGGCAGGCCGUCUUGCGCCCGCCGUGUUUUGCCGCCAACGUGCCGAUCCAACCUGCGAUCCAGCAUCAUCCACGGCCGUUCCCCCCUACCUCCCUCACCUCCAUCCACGACGCUCGCUGCUAUUUGGCUGCCCAAUAUUCCUAGCGUGUCGCGCUCGCAUCUCCAACCGGCCGGCGUGAAUUUGGUUUCACGGUUGUCCAGCAUACACUUGCCGCCAUGGACGGCUCGUACGGGAAUGUCUUCCCAGCAGGCAGGGCCAUGCCCCCAGGCCCGACGGCCUCGAGUAAUACCAACCAAUACAAGAUCAACGUGAACCGCCAGAAGACGAAGAAGUGGGCGAACUUCAAACCCCAGAACUACGACGGCGAUGAUUGGGGCGCCGACGACGACGACGAUGUGGGGUAUGAACCCGAGCCUGCGCCGCCUCCGAAGCCGUUCGGUCCACGCCAUCCGACCGCGUAUUCUCCCACCGCGCGACAUUAUCAGCCGCCCGGAUCGCCUUCUCAGCACACCCCCUCGAAUCAGUUUUCCGGCCCGGUAGGGCCGUCGCGGAGAGCUACCGAGCCGAUCGGAUCGCCAGCACACAACGUUGCCGGACAUGACCGGCCAGCGUUCUCUCCCGAUGACGGGCGCGCCUCUCCUGCUCCGCAGAGCCACCACCCACUCCCUUCGCAGCGUCCGCCACGACAGGGUAGCAUGGGCCCCGGGGGCGUUACAAACGUUGUUGAAGCCGCAAAUUCGAAGCCGGGGACGGAGAUACGGUCAAUAACCCCCCAAAGCGCCAGUUCCCGUGUCUCGUCGAACAAACAGCUCCCGUUCAUUCGCCCAGCCGACGUCUACCGGCGGAUGGAGGCAGAGAGAGAGAGAGAAAGGCAAUCAUCGCUCGAAGCCGGCACGCCAGGCGCGGAUGGCACUGCGGGCGAGCCUGGGGUGCCCAGCAUGUCGGAAAUCCAACAGCAAGCGGGGGGCCUAACCCGAUCGGCGGGCGCGACGGCGGGCGCGACAACGGGCGCGAGGGUCGCCCAAGACACAGCCGAAAACAUCAGCUCAGGGCGGGUUCUGAAGUCUGUUGCAGGACAAGCUCCUAUUGCCGACAGGAUAAGCGCGGAUGGUUUAGGCACGGAGGAAGCAGGUGCUGGGCCUGCCCCGGCGCAGGAACAGGUGGAAGCUGCGGAGUCUCGAAAGUCUGUUCAACCUGUGUCUCAUGAAGAGCUGCGGCGCUUUUCUAAGAGCCCUCAGCUGCCAGAUUUAGGUCGCAUGUCGGGGUUCGGUGACGAUUUCUUUUCGUCCAGCUUCUUCCCCAGCUCGGAACUGCGCUCACCCGUUUCUGACAGUGUGCAACUCCCAACGCCGGGGCAAUCUGCGCCUGCUGCUGUUGAACCAGCCGCACCUGCUGCUGGAGAUGGUGUUCUCGGCCAAUCAGCCCUUCUGCCCGCAGGCCCGACUGUGGCUUCGAGCACAACACCUGGAGCAGACCCACGUGCUUCAGAGACAAAAACGCCACAAAGCGUCUCUGGCGCUGGCGUGGACACUGAUGCGUCGCGGUAUUUGCCGAGCGAACCCGAGCAGGAUAUGCCACGCGUUGGGUUACCGUCGCACCAGGACGGCCCAGGCGCAGGGCAGUCAGUGCUUGGCGUCCCUGAGCAGCAGGCACCCGCCGAAGGCGCACCACGGAAGCCGACAUUAAAGCUUCGCAGUGAGGGACAGCUAGCUGUCGCAGCAACCGCACCGUCUGUGCCGGGCGGCGGGGUUUCCAAAACCCCUUCAACCCCUGCGGAAGCGGUUGCAUCUCCCUCGACCGACUCUGCACAUCUGAUGGGAGAAAACAAGGCUGCCGGCUCCAAGGGAGCGCCGCCGUCAGGAACUGAUGUCAGUGCUCCAUCCGGCACCCCUCCACUCAGUGGUGCGGAACCUCCACCGUUGAACUCGGACAAAGCGGCGGCGGCCGGUUUAGCAACAGUACACACUCCGGAGCGGUCGCAUCCCGCCUCACCGCAUACGCUUCCUCCUCUCCGAGCGUCAAGUCCGGCUCUGACCGCAAAGCCGCAUGACAUGGGUUCCCUCCAGGCUCCACCCGAUGCACCCGAUCACGUCGGCUCGCUCUCAGCAGCCCACAGCGCUGCGGCCACCGAGUCCGAAGUCGCGACGCCAACAAGCGCAGCUACGGAACGCGCCGAGAUUACUCCCACAGCACCGCUGAAUCCGCGCCGGGGGACCCUCGAGGCUGCCCACUCGAUACAACCCGUCUUGCCUUCUCCGCCGAUCGGCUCGGAGUCGGUCUUGGAUGUCACGAGUGGCUCCCCAGUCAAGGAUAGCGAUAUGCUGAGCGAGGAGAUCAUCAAAUCACUCACUCCAGCCCAGCCAACCGGCUCUGAAGGCUCGACUGCGGCCUACCACACCGCCGCUCCCGAUCUGGCUCGUGAAAGCACCUAUCUUGGGGAUGUCUACGGCGACUAUUGGGCAGCAACCGAGGACAAAGCAGAGCCGGGCAGCCUUACAGUUGGUAAGACAAGCGAGAGGGAGCAUGGGAGGCCCGAUCCACCUGGCCCGGCUGAAUCUCGGAUCGAAGAGACAGCGCGGACAGCGACUGCGCUUGGUUCAGGCAGUCCGUCCUCCCCACCCAAUGCCGGGCCAGCGCAGGUUUCCGAGACCCAGGCGGAGCCGGCCCCUGAAGCGGAAGGGCUUCGCAGGCGCUUUUCAUGGGAAGCUGCGCUAGAAGGCCCGGUCCCUGCUGGCCUCUCGCCGCCAGGAACGGGGCUUCUCGUUGAGCAAAAGGUUCUUGGUUCCGGUCUCAGCAACGUGGCUCCCUCCGCGGCAAAUCUCUCCGCGCCGAAAACCGAGUCUGUUGAGCGACCCUCAGUUUCGGAAUCAGAUAAGUCGGCGGACGACUUGAGAGCCGAGACUGCUCCCGAACUGCUUGCGCCGACGCCACCGACAGACGGUCGCCGAGAGUCGCCCUUGCCCGUCUCGGCCUUGACGGACGGAGCGAGCGCCAACAAGAGGAUGUCGCUAGCGGAAGAGAAGAUUGCCCUUCAAGAGUCGGCGAAUUCUCUCCCCCCAUCUCCACCGCUCGAGCAGCACCCCGUCUUUGCUGCGCCCGAGCAGCCGAGACAAGCGGAGCUCCAGGCUGCCCCUUCACCGAAGAACGUCAUGGGGUUAAGAAACAUCAUGGAGCUGCCCUCGCCGUCGGAGCGGAUCAAACAAUACAACGAAUCCCGAUGGCAGGUCUCCGCCACCGACACUGGACUCGACAACUGGUUAAAGGAGAUGAUGGCUCGCUACCCGGAGCAUGCUAAUGCUAUGCUGUCUUCUUCAGCGACCGUACGCGUCGCGCAGCAGAGCGGCCAGGGAGCAUCGCAGAUGCCGGGACAUGGCGCAAGGGCACCAGCGCACCUUCACAUGGCUCACCUGCAACAAGGCUUGGCCGGGAUUGGGCACUCGGGCAAUCAGAUGGGCACCAAGAGCAAGGAGCUCUUGAUGGCGGCGGGCAAGGCCGGCAAGGGGCUGCUGAGCAAGGGGAGGAACAAAUUGCGGGGGACUGGACGUGAAUAAUGAUUUGGUAUCUGCUCUGCGCAUAGUGCACACACACACCACAGCGUUUAAUUUACACUACACGGCAUGGCGGGGAUUUUCGACGAGUUAACAGUAUCCCCGGUCACCUCGGGGAAGAACUGUGUUCAGUGAUGUUGCCUCCUCCGUGGCUGAUGUGGGCAUCGAAUCUCUCCCCACUUUCACAACUUCCCUCAGCCCAGGAUUAAUUUUAGCGUAGACGGCGAUCUUGUUUCGUUUCCACUCUUGGCGCGGAGACAAGCGCAAAUUGACGGCCCGUGGUCUCCACCC